AUGCCCAAUAUCAAGAUCUUCAGCGGGAGCUCGCACCAAGACCUGUCCCAGAAAAUCGCCGACCGCCUGGGCCUGGAGCUCGGCAAGGUGGUGACCAAGAAGUUCAGUAACCAGGAGACAUGUGUGGAAAUAGGUGAGAGCGUGCGUGGAGAGGAUGUCUACAUUGUGCAGAGUGGCUGUGGUGAAAUCAAUGACAACCUGAUGGAACUUCUCAUCAUGAUAAAUGCCUGCAAGAUCGCAUCAGCUAGCCGUGUCACUGCAGUCAUACCAUGCUUUCCUUAUGCUCGCCAGGACAAAAAGGACAAGGUAGUGCAAACAGGAAGUCGAGCCCCAAUUUCUGCCAAGUUGGUCGCAAACAUGCUGUCUGUGGCGGGUGCAGAUCACAUCAUCACCAUGGACCUACAUGCUUCUCAGAUUCAGGGUUUUUUUGAUAUCCCUGUGGAUAACUUGUAUGCAGAGCCUGCUGUACUGAAGUGGAUCAAGGAGAACAUUGCAGAGUGGAAGAACUGUACUAUUGUUUCACCAGAUGCUGGUGGAGCAAAGAGAGUGACAUCCAUUGCAGAUCGGCUGAAUGUGGACUUUGCCCUCAUUCACAAGGAGCGAAAGAAGGCUAAUGAGGUGGAUCGCAUGGUGCUGGUGGGUGACGUGAAGGACAGAGUGGCCAUUCUGGUAGAUGACAUGGCAGACACCUGUGGCACCAUCUGCCAUGCAGCGGACAAGCUUGUAUCAGCUGGAGCCACCAAAGUUUAUGCCAUCCUAACUCAUGGGAUCUUUUCCGGGCCAGCCAUUUCCCGGAUAAACAAUGCCUGCUUCGAGGCAGUUGUAGUCACAAACACAAUACCGCAGGAGGACAAGAUGAAGCACUGCUCCAAAAUCCAGGUGAUUGACAUCUCAAUGAUCCUUGCAGAGGCCAUCAGGAGGACUCAUAAUGGGGAAUCUGUCUCCUACCUAUUCAGCCAUGUCCCUUUAUAACGGAUGCUGGAUGCUGCUUGUGUGGCUUUUUUUAAAACCAAAAGUUGUUCAGCUAAUUAUAAAGUUCAUUAGAAGACUCUGCUUGUUCCAGUGCAGCUCUCCACAGCUCCUCCUCCUGCACACAUCAGGCUCAGUUCUGGGAGGGGGUGGGGUGGAGGGCACACAUCUGUAAUGCUCAGGCUCCUGCCAGUAGCAUCCCACUGUGAUCUCCUUUAAUAGUUUAAGCUUCCAGUAGUAUUGAGUCAGCACUGCAGAUCCCUGGAGAGCAGAAUUGACAUGGCCAAUUGCCACAACCUUUUUUUGGAGGGGAAGUUUUGUCUAUGGGGAGGUUAGACUACUUUGCAUGCACGCCUGGAUUUUUUUGUAUGGGAAGUAGAACUCCUAAGGACAUGCUGGCCUGGAACUACAGCAAGAGUCCAAGGGAUUGCUGACCCACAUCACUUAUUCUGUACCUGACAGAAGCCCUUAACAAGGUGGUAUAAGGAAGUCUUGUAUGUUGACCAAGUUUCUGACAAGAAGUGAGGCGCUACGGGGUGGGACAGCAGUUUCCUCUUCCGGAAGGAGAUCAAGGAUCUGUCACCUGCCGCCUGGAGUGCAGCAUGUUAAACCCCUGAAUUCAGAUUGUUCUACUGAAGAAACUUGUUGCCUUCUAGUUUUCCCCUCCUUUGCCAGUCCAUUAGUGAGUCUAGCCUCCCUGACCUGUAUGUUCCUUGGACAUGUAUCUGCGGAGUAGAUCAAAUGGGCUGAUAUGUUACUUCCUAUUAGAAGUUUUAUUUCCAUGCCUUUUAGCCCCUUCUCUCGUGAAGUUUCUGAUGUAUUUUGUUCUGGUUGCAGUAUUUGCACCCCACCUUUACUCUUUGCCAUGGCGAUACCAGAAUCAGCCAUCUCUACAAAAUCCUCUUCCCCCCUCAAGGAAUCUUGGGAAUGUUAAUGGAGGAAGAGGUAGGCUGCAGGACUUUGGAGGCCUUAGGAAGUGCUAAGGAUGGCUGAGUCAGCCAGCUGUUCUUCAUGUAAGGUGCUCAGUGAUAGUAGGUCAGGCGAGACUUGUUCCCUCUGCAGCUUUUAUUGACGUUUUCUCAAUGUCACACUUAACUCCAGGCAGUAACUUUCCUAAAGUAGGAAGAGAAGAAACAAUCAAGCCUAGAGCUGUCUCCAGUGCUCCUGCCUGUAGAAUAGACAUCAUCCAAAACUUGAAUGCAUGGUAGUUGCACCAUCCCACAAUAAGCGGUUAAACCAGUCUUUCCUGGACUCUUACGAGGUAGCAAACCAAGCUGGUUCUUGUAUGCAUUUUGCUUUUAUAAACAGUCUUGUCUAACUUUGGAGAUACGGAAGGGAGUUAUUUGGAGUCACUUGUAUCUACAGCCAGUAUCAGGUGAGGGAUUUAAUGGGUGGGGGAUAAGUGUAGCUGGAAAAAGCUGGCUGUCUAGAUUUGGAGUGGUUCUUUUAGUUGUUAGGUAUUGUGCCUUUUUUUAAGUAAGAUUUCCCCCUCUCCCUCCCUAGAAUUUUUGUCUUGCAGUAACUUAAAACCCUACACUGUAAGAAGGGGGUGGGGGGGUAUGAGAAGUUGGUGUUUGUCUGGAAAGUGUGUAUGUUUGCUUCUUUGCUUUGCAUCCUGCAUUGAGCUCAACUGAGGGUCUAUCCAGGACUUCUGCCUCCUACUUCAAAGCUCCUGCUGGUUCACUGCCAAUACAUUGUGAUCAAAAGCCAAGAGCAAGGACAUCAAAGCAGUGUGAGGAUUUUCAGCAGCAUUUGUGUUUAAACUAAAACCUCAAUGAAGGAAUUAAACUUUUGUUUAAAAAAAAAAAUACAUAGACUUUUUUUUUGUAAUUUGUAAAUGCUUUUAAAACACGUA